AAAAAAAUCACAUACAUCUUCAUCACUCCCUCAAUAAAAAGCUUCUUCCUUUAGUAUUUUUACUCAUCAACCCAAAAACAAAACAAAAAACAAAAACAAAGAAAAAUCAAAAACCCAAUCUUUCUUUCACUUCCCAAUCUCUCAAGAUGACAAUCCUUGUCUUAACAAUUUAGAUCGGAAAAGAAAGAACACUUUUUUUGAAACACUCUGUUAUAAAAUGGCAGACAACAAUCUAGAACUGAGUCUUUUAUGUACAGAGAUCACCAACGUUGGUGAUGAUGAAGACAACAACGUCAUAAUUCUCGACAAAACUCCGAUCUUUUUGCCUGAAAUCUCGAUUUCUCAGAUGGGUUUUCCAUCGGAGAGCGAAGAGUUCAUCAGAGAGAUGAUGGAGAAGGAGAAGCAGACUUUGCCAAGUGAUGAUUACAUCAGCAGACUCAGAAAUGGAGAUUUGGAUUUGAGUGUUAGAAGAAGAGAUGCUCUGAAUUGGAUUUUGAAGGCUUGUGAGGAACACAAGUUUGGACAAAUGUGUGUUUGUUUAUCUAUGAACUACUUGGAUAGAUUCUUAUCAGUUCAUGAUAUCCCUAGUGGCAACACUUGGGCAGUGCAGUUGUUAGCAGUGGCUUGUUUAUCCUUAGCAGCCAAAAUAGAAGAAACUGAAGUCCCAAUGCUAAUAGAUCUUCAGGUUGGACAUCCUCAGUUUGUGUUUGAGGCUAAAUCAGUUCAAAGAAUGGAACUUUUGGUGUUGAACAGAUUGGAAUGGAGAUUGAGAGCCAUCACUCCCUGCUCAUACAUAAGAUAUUUUCUUAGAAAGAUGAGUAAAUGUGAUCAAGAACCAUCCAACACAUUGAUAUCCAGAUCAUUACAAGUGAUAGCCAGCAAAACUAAAGGUAUUGACUUUUUGGAGUUUAGACCUUCUGAAGUUGCUGCUGCAGUGGCACUUUCUGUUUCUGGAGAACUGUACACAGUACACUUUGACAACUCUUCCUUCUCUCCUCUUUUCUCACUACUUCAAAAGGAGAGAGUGAAGAAGAUUGGGGAAAUGAUAGAGAGUGAUGGCUCAGGCUUAUGUUCACAAACACCCAAUGGAGUUUUAGAAGUAUCAGCUUGUUGUUUCAGCUCUAAGACUCAUGAUUCUUCUUCUCCCCAUACUUCCUAAAUCUCUCUGUUUUUUUUUCUUAAAAUAAAUUUAUCAUUAUUAUUAUUAUGUCUGAGGAGAGGUUGAAAAAAAAAGAAAAUAAUCAUAGCACAUUUCUAAAAUAAAAGACAAAAACAUUUUGAUUCCAAUA